GGUAACGAAUAUAUAAUUGAAGAUUAACAUAAGUUCAGACUUUUACCUCCAUUUUUUAUUUUGCAGGCUGCGCCUCAAUCUCUACGACAGGGUUCCUAAGCGAGCGCAGAUGCUCAAGCGAUGGUGGGUUUUGAACUCUCGAGUUCUAUGGACAACAGUUAGACUCAACAGCUACUAAACUCAUAAGCCAUAUUUUCGACAGAUAUUUUCUAUCUCUUACGGUCAAUGUGGUGGAGGUGACGUUGCAGCUAUGAGGAACAUGCAAUGACUCUGCUCAUUCUAUCUAGAAGGAAAAAUACUGGAGAUAGGGGGGGAAUCGAUCUCAGGAGCAGAUAAAGAUUCCACAAUAGGUCGAGAGACAUAAUUGCUUAUCUACCUAAGUAGUUGCGGUAAAUUACUUUACUUAUAACGCAAUUGUUUUCUCUAGGAAAGAAAGUCUUGAGUGAGCUCAUCGCAGAGCAAAAGUGAUCUUGAAAAUCCAAGAUCUUCAUACGUAAAAGCUAAGCCCCUUUUACCCCUGUUCGAUAAUCCGUCUGCCGACGGCCCCCAUCGACCCACCCCCGCAAUACCCGAAUGCAACCAUGGCACUGGAAUAGGUUUUGUUUGCUAAUUCGUUGAUACAGGUAUGAAAUCUUCUCAUCUCACCAACCUAUCAUCGUCCUAAAAAUGCCUCCCAAAUCCGUUCUCAUCACAGGCUGCAGCGAGGGCGGGAUCGGCGCGGCCCUAGCCGCAGAGUUCCAAGCUCAGGGAUGCCAGGUCUUCGCGACGGCCCGCGACGCAAGCAAAAUGCACUCGCUUUCCAAGCUCGGCAUCCAGACCCUGGAGCUCGACGUCACCUCGGACGCGUCGAUCGCCGCGGCCGUCGCCGCCGUGCGGAAAGCUACGGACGGGUCCCUCGACUUCCUCGUCAAUAACGCCGGCGUCCAUCACGUGAUGCCGUUCACGGACUCGAGGGUCGAGGACCUCAGGCGCGUUAUCGAUACCAACGUCGUUGCUGUCUUAGCUGUGACGCACGCUUUCUUGCCUUUGCUCAUAGAGGCGCAAGGCACGGUGGCGUCGAUGGGCAGUAUUAACGAGGUCUUCAACCCCCCCUUCCAGGUCGCGUACAACGCGUCCAAAGCCGCCGUCCACGCUAUCGCGCGUACACUGCGCGUGGAACUCGCGCCGCUCGGCGUCAGGUUCGUUACGCUUGUUACGGGCGGCGUGAAUUCGAAGUUGUUUGAUAACGCGCCGACGCGGUUGCCUGACGAUAGCGUGUACGCCCCCGUCAGGCAGGUGAUCGAGGGCCGCGAGUUCCUCCGCGACGCGACGUUCGUCGAGGCCGAGGUUUACGCGCGGCAGGUCGUCGCGGACUUGCUGAGGCCGAGCGUGAGGUUGAAUGUUUGGCGCGGGGGCAUGGUUAUGUUUGGGUGGAUCUUGUCGUGGUUUGGGUGGGAGGGUAUGUUGGAUUCGAGUAUGAUUAAGGGGUUUGGACUCGAUAAGGUACAUCGGUGAGGACGAUGUUAUGCGCCUUGCGACGGCAGGAAGAGCGUACAUGAGGCUCUUCGUCGGUAAUCCAAGAUGAUCAGCAAGGUGUCUCCCCUGUAUUGCAGU